AUGGGCGUAUGGAGAAAAUCCUCAUGCACCCGUGCAUCAGACAGCACUAUACUGUAUGCCUACUCCACUGAUAUCGAUGAUUUCACAUUUCGAACUGCAAGCGGACGAAUUGUUUUUGACAAUACGAAUCGUCAUACAAUCUAUAAAACUUAUGCGAAUAUAAGAUUCGAUACAUUGGAAGAAGAAGAAAUCCAGUAUCAUUCUGAUUAUCAAAGUUUCAAUGCUUCCAUAUUUUCUCGUCCACCGAAUGCCACAUUAGGAUAUGGGAACAGUGAUAAAGGAAGUGAUGUUUACAGAGUGUUAAGGAGUUUUCUGGACAACCAGAAGAAGGUCCCUCUUUGUGGAGCGUUUGUAGCUAUAAUUGUGAAAAGAUACCCAGAUGAGCGGGCAGUACAUAUUUCCGAUAUAAUUUCCCAACUUCGCGACAAUCACAUUUUCGUCUACAUCGUGGUUCAUGAUCGGAAAUCCGGAGGAUACAAUGCUGAUACACUAUUCGACGUUGCUUACAAAACCAAUGGGUAUUGCAUUUUUGACAGUGGAAACAACUUUUGGGUGAGUGCGAUCAAUAUUCUGGAACCUAACAGUUGCAUCUAUCAAUUCCACUCUAAAAAUUUUGUGGUUUCUGGUUCUGGAAGAAUUGACGUCGGCGUUUUCCAGGCUCCAUUUCCUUCUGGUUAUAGUUACCAGCUUCUGGUUGUGCACACUCUUCAAAACCACUCUCUCAAAUAUGCUCAUCUCAAUUACACAAUCGUUAGCUUAGAUGAAAGUUUUGUAUUCACCGGACCAGAUCAAGGGAGUGGAUGGCCACAAUUUGGAACUGGUAUCAUCGCGUAUCCCAGAUUGAACGGAAGUGUUGAAUACAAAUGGACCAUUGACUACAACUAUUAUAGCACGGAGGAAAACAACCGCAAGUGA